AUGCAUCUUAAGGAACAAAACCUAAGGAAUCAGUCUUCCUUCACACACUUCAUUCUCUUGGGAUUCUCUGAAGUUCAUGAGCUUCAGGUUUUAUUCUUCAUUGUGUUCCUUGUUUACUACCUGGUAGCAGUUGGAGUAAAUCUUCUCAUCAUCUCUGCGAUACUAACUGACCACCGCUUACACCAUCCCAUGUACUUCUUUCUGCUGAACUUGGCCAUACAGGAUGUGGGACAAGUUUCUGUCAUGGUCCCCAAAUCCAUGGCUAGCUCCUUCAUGCAGACUAGACAGAUUUCAUAUUCUGGAUGUGUUGCCCAAGUUUUUUUUUUCAUCUUCUUUAUAUCAUCUGAUUUCUUUCUUCUCACAGUUAUGGCCUACGAUCGGUAUGUUGCUAUUUGCAAUCCAUUACAAUAUGAGAUACUGAUGAAGAAACAAACCUGCCUUCAAAUGACUGGUGUUGUUUGGCUCAGCAGUUUGCUUAAUGCAAUGUUACACACUGGUGGUACUUUUGCACCACCCUUUUGCUCCAACACUGUCAAUGGUUUUUUCUGUGAAAUGCCCCAUUUAGUGAAGCUUGCUUGCUCUGAUAUGUACCUAAUUGAAGUUGGAUAUAGUGUAUUAACUGCUGUAGUUGCAAUAGGAUGUUUCAUUUUCAUCACUGUGACAUAUGUCCAUAUCUUUACUGCAGUGCUGAAAAUUCCCACUGUGCAGGGAAGGCAGAAAGCUUUUUCAACUUGCCUUCCCCAUCUUAUUGUGGUUUCCCUAUUGAUAUUCACAGCAUGUACUGUCUACAUGAACCCUUCCUCUAAAUCUCCACCAUAUCUUGGUUUGGCCUUCACUAUAUCAUAUUCCAUGAUUCCCCCUCUAAUGAAUCCAAUAAUCUACAGCAUGAAAAACAAGGGAAUAAAAAAUGCUCUAGCCAAGCUCUUGGGUUUAAGAUUGUCUUCUGCAAAUUGUCUUUAG